AAGAAAAAGUUUGUGAUGACGUCACACUUCCCACAAUCCUCCCCGCCCCGCAGCUCAGACUCUCUCUCUCUCUCUCUCCGGCCUCGAUCAGCAGGAACAGAACCAGAACCGAGCCGCGGACCAAACGGAACCAGUGGAGCCGUGGCAGACAGAGCUUGUUGGACUCUCCGGGUCCGGUUCGGGACCUGUUCCGGGUCUCUGCGCCUCCAUGUGAGGUCUGGACUCAAAGCGGAGCUGGAAACUUUUUGGACAGUAAAGAUGUUGAACAGCAUUUCCCACUCACCGCCAGCUGUAGCUGUUGGGACAGGGUGAGGAGGAGGAGGAGGAGACGUAAAGGAGCGACUGACUCGCAGAGUAGGAACUUCACGGACUCAGAUUCUGACCUUCCUCAAUGCUUCCGCUGGAUCGUUGGCCUCACCUUUGAGCUUCCAGUAACCGUCUUUAACGACCCCCACGCCCAGAUUCCCACUUUGAGCCUGCGAGGCAGGGGGACCGCAGGUGAAGUUUCAUGGCAGCGGCACUCUAAGGCUGCCAUGGCAGCUGCUGCCGCCGAUGCCUCACACUGUAUUACUGCACUGACACCGGAGGAAGAGGGACGACGCACCAAGCUGUUCCAGAGCGCCGCCCCGCUGCCACGGACGGAGAAAGAGAGGGAAGAGGAAGGAGAGGAAGUAGGAAGAGUGAGUGAGAACGAGUGUCUGGUGUGCGGGGCUCUGUUUGCCUCACCGGAGAAGCUCCGGCUUCACACCUCGAGUCACACGGGAGAGAAACCUUUCCACUGCUCACAGCCACAUUGUCCCAAGGCCUUCAGCUCCAAGUACAAGCUCUUCAGGCAUAUGGCCACACACUCUCCACAGAAGACCCAUCAGUGCUCGUUCUGUGAAAAAAUGUUCCACCGCAAAGACCACCUGAAGAACCACCUGCAAACGCACGAUCCUAACAAAGAGGCCUUCAAGUGUGAGGAGUGUGGGAAGCACUACAACACCAAACUGGGAUACAAACGCCAUGUGGCCAUGCACUCUGCAACGGCAGGAGAUUUAACUUGUAAAGUGUGCAUGCAGAGUUACGAGAGCACGCCUGUUCUCCUGGAGCACCUCAAGAGCCACUCGGGGAAGUCCUCAGGUGGUGCCAAGGAGAAAAAACACCCAUGUGACCACUGUGACCGACGCUUCUACACACGCAAAGACGUGAGACGGCACAUGGUGGUCCACACAGGGCGAAAGGACUUUCUGUGCCAGUACUGCGCCCAGCGCUUCGGCAGGAAAGACCAUCUGACGCGCCACGUGAAAAAGAGCCACUCACAGGAGCUGCUGAAGAUCAAGACGGAGCCCCCGGAUAUGUUGGGUCUUUUAGCAACGGGUUCUCCGCCGUGCUCAGUCAAGGAGGAGCUCAGCCCCAUGAUGUGCAGCAUGGGGCCCAACAAAGACCCCAUGAUGGGCAAACCGUUCUCCAGUGGGACACCUUUUCCAAUGAACAUGUACAACCCCCACCACCUCCAGGCCAUGUCUAACUCUGGGGUGGGUCACCCACACCCGUCCCUGAUGCCCAAUUCGUUGUCUGCAGCUAUGGGCAUGGGCUGUCACAUGGAGUCCCCUGCCUCUAUUCACCCACACUCCCAUCACCACCACCACCACCAUCAUCAUCACCACCACCAUUCCCCUCCACCGCCCCCACAUCACCAGCCUGCGGCUCCCCAGCAGCAGCACCAGCCCCAGCCGGUGCCCAAAUACCAGCUGGGAUCUACCUCAUACUUGCUGGACAAGCCCUUGAAAGUGGAAAUGGAGAGUUUUCUCAUGGAUCUGCAGAGUGGCCUGCCAGGCCCAGUUCCAUCUGUAGAACCUCAUGCUGCUGCCUCGCCCCCCAAGGACGGACUGGAGCCCACCUCAGGGCUGGCAGAUGAACUUUGCGGGGAUUCCCUCUUGUCAAAGAGCCCUGCAGUGAUUGCUGAGUCUUUGUGUGCUGCUAACAUGGACUUCUCCCACCUGCUGGGUUUCCUACCCCUAAACCUUCCUCCCUACAGUGCCCCCAUGAGCACGGGAGGUCUGGUCAUGGGCUACACCUCAUCUGCCACAUCCUCCGCACCUUCCUCUUCCGCCUCAACUCUGCACGCUGCCGAGCCCCAUGCCGCAGCAGUUGCCGCGGCAGCCGCCGCCAUCGCCACAGCACCUCUUACCUCUUUACAACCACAACCUCAGGACCAGCAGAACUCCAAUGGGGGUCUGGGCCUCGGAUCCCUGCACCCGCUUCCACCAGUGUUCAGCUCCAGCCUUAGUACCACCACAUUGCCUCGUUUCCAUCAGGCCUUUCAGUGACAGAGGCAGCUGCUGUCCAACCAAGAUGGUCUCCGCACCACCCCAAGCUCAGCUGGGACAUCUUGGGCUGUAGACCUUUGCCAGGCCUGAUCUAAGACUCUGAGGAUUAGAAUAAAAAAUAAGUUCACAAUUGAACACUUAGAAGCCUUAAAUGGAAGUGCGCACAAAAGCUUUUGUUUGAGCCUUAAAAGAAAGUUGAACCCCUUUGAGCAAAAAGGAAAACGUGAGAAAAGAAUUUGAA